AUGUCGCCGAGCGAGGGCCGCUAUCGUGGUCAUCUGGGUCGCGAUGGCGGUGUCACGAUGGAUAUGCUAUGGCUGGGCAGCAUGGCCCCCGUCGACGCUACGCCCGCGGAUCAUGGAGCCUAUUGCCCCGCCCCCUACCAGCACUUCGUCGUGUUCGGCGACAGCAUCACGCAGGACUCGUUUGCCCAGGACCGCGGCUUUGCCUCGUCUGCAGCCCUCCAGGCCGCAUACACCAGGCGACUCGAUGUUGUCAACCGGGGCUUCAGCGGGUACAACACUCGUCAAGCUCUCCAGAUCCUCCCGGCAAUCGUGCCCCCUCCCAAUGAGGCCAAGAUCCGCUUCCUGACCGUCUUCUUUGGCGCAAACGACUCGUCGCUGCCACAGGCACCCAACAAGCAGCACGUCCCGCUGCCCGACUUCACGGCCAACCUCAGGGCCAUUGUCUGCCAUGCCCGCAUCCAGGCCCACGCCCCUCGUGUGAUGCUCGUCGCCCCGCCCCCAAUCAACGAGCACCUGUGGUGGCCCCGCGACCAGUCCAACGGCUACACGACUGUGUCGCGCCUGGCUGCCACGACCAAGCUGUAUGCCGAUGCCGUCGUCGAGCUCGGCGCUGAGCUGCGCCUUCCGGUCGUGAAUCUCUGGGCCGCCUUCAUGGCGCGCGCCGGCUUGGAUGUGAAUGCAUGGAAGCCCGGAGACCCUGUGCCUGGCUCCUUGGCGCUGGCCCCGAGCGACGCAUUGGCCGAGCUCAUGUAUGACGGCCUUCAUUUCAGCCCGCUCGGCUAUCGGAUCUUGUACGACGAGAUGCUCAAGGCCAUUGCCCAAAACUGGCCCGACGACAUGCCAGACAAGCUGCCCAUGGUGCUGCCGCCAUGGAACGACGAGGCCGCCUGGAAAGCGUGGCAAGAUGCUCAGCCAGCCUCCAAGCCUGCGUGAACAGCAAAGAAGAAGAAGAAGAAAACACCAGCCACAACAUAGCACUCGGAUGCCAAUGCGUGCAUAGGAGCCAACAGCAUGUACAUACACAUACUACUACCACUACCACUACUACUACUACUAC